AUGGCUCAUCAUGUUAUGAAACAUAUCAAUCCCGAUGGUGCACUUAUGAAGCUGGCUCUUUCAUUAUUCGCUUUUUCCGAUAGAGUUUUAAUAUUUUCACCAUAUGUUACAAUAAAAUCGAACAAUUCUAGUUUAAUCUUUCACAUUCAAAAUACUUAUGCCGAAGUGACAUGGAAAUAUCUUGUCUACAAAUAUGGUUAUUAUCAAGCGAUUAUCCGAUUUAAUAAUUUAAUUCAAUGUCUUCUAGCUGCUACUGAUACAGUGUCUAGAUCACAAAAUGUUCAAAUCCAUACUAAUGAUAUGGAAUCACUUCUUGAACAAACUGAAAUUUCACUCGUCUUGGUAGGUAUUGAUUGA